UGGUUGCUAGGGCAGAGCUAGUGGGGUGCGGCGAGAGGCUAUGAGGGCGACUCGGUGGUUGCUAGGGCGGGAGGUCACAGAGCGCGGCUCCGGGAUUGGGCAGUGUCGGGGGAGGUGUGUGGUGAUUGGGCGGUACCCAGGAGGCGGCCGGCUGAGGCCCGGGUGCGCAAGCGGGAGUUCCGGCGGGAGGCCCGUGCUGAGGGCCAGCGCCUUCACCAUGGCCUCGGCUGAGCUGGACUACACCAUCGAGAUCCCGGAUCAGCCCUGCUGGAGCCAGAAGAACGGCCCCAGCCAAGAUGGGAAAGAGGUGGAAACUCGACAGCCGGUAGUGAUCCUCUUGGGCUGGGGUGGCUGCAGGGACAAGAACCUUGCCAAGUACAGUGCCAUCUACCAUAAAAGGGGCUGCAUUGUAAUCCGGUACACGGCCCCGUGGCACAUGGUCUUCUUCUCCGAGUCCCUGGGCAUCCCUUCACUUCGUGUUUUGGCUCAGAAGCUGCUUGAGCUGCUCUUUGAUUAUGAGAUUGAGAAGGAGCCCCUGCUCUUCCACGUCUUCAGCAAUGCUGGUGUCAUGGUGUACCGCUAUGUGCUGGAGCUCCUGCAAACCCAUCGGCGCUUUUGCCACCUGCGUGUGGUGGGCACCGUCUUUGACAGCGGUCCUGGAGAUAGCAACCUAGUAGGGGCUCUGCGGGCCCUGGCAGUCAUCCUAGAGCAUCGACCUGCUGUGCUGCGCUUGUUGCUCCUGGUGGCUUUUGCCCUGGUGGCAGUCCUGUUCCACAUCCUGCUUGCUCCACUCACAGCCCUGUUCCACACCCACUUCUAUGACAGGCUGCAGGAUGCAGGCUCUCGCUGGCCUGAGCUCUACCUCUACUCAAAAGCCGACGAGGUCGUCCUAGCCAGAGAUGUGGAACGCAUGGUGGAGGCACGCCUGGCACACCAGGUCCUGGUGCGCUCUGUGGACUUUGUGUCAUCUGCACAUGUCAGCCACCUCCGUGACUACCCUACUUACUACACAAGCCUCUGUGUCAACUUCAUGCGCAACUGUGUGCAGUGCUAAGGUCCUUUCUCCAGCUCACCUGACACCUCCCCACAACCUAAAUCUGUAGGGCUCUCCUCUGGUUCAACUCCUAUAGUCCUUUGGGACUUUGUGACCCUCUAAAUAGAAAAUUCCUGUGUGACUCUUUUUGGAGGGACUGCUGGUGGUCUGCUUACCCCAGGAUCCUAAGGGGCGGGAUUGCCUGGGCAGUGUCUCUGGAGGAGACUUGCAGUAGGUUGUGUUUGGAUAAGCGCAACAGUCAGGCUGCUGAUUCCUGUGGCAUUUAGGCUGUAAAGAUUAACAAAGAGCGGGGAAGGGUUUGUGGAUGAACCCAGAGUUGAUUUUUUUUUAAUUGGGGUAACAACACUAAACAUGAGAUCUACUCUCUUAACAAAAUUUUAAGUGUAUAAUACACUUAACCAUAGGCACAGUGUUGCACAGCAGAUCUGUAGAACUGAAUCAUCAUGCAUUGUGCAUCAUCUAGAACUCAGUUAUCUUGCAUUACCGGAGUUGAGUUUUGAUUCCUCGAAUGGAAGGUAAGCUUUAUGGGGUGAUGCCAGAGGGUGCCUCUGGGUCUGGGGGUAAGGCCUGACUGGGGAUGGGGACUGUGAUCCCUGCUCCGGAAGGGCAGAACCCCACAGUGUAAAGCACUAUCCCCGUGGAUUCUGCUCAUUCAGGCCUCUCUGACCUCAUUGCCCAUAAGUCUGAGGUAGAAGUCAGGUGAACCACUGAGGAUAUGGGCUUAGGGGCCUGCCUGGCUCUACCACACUGCUAGGAAGCCAGUGGAUCCAAGAGAGUCGCAAACUUAAAGCUGCAAGAUGGAGUGGAGAAAGGUAGGCCGCAGUGCUCUAACAGGACCUGGAACAAGCUGACUGUGGGCCCUAAAGACCAGAACCAGGGUAAGGGAAUUUUGGGCUGAACAACCAACUCCUUUAUCUCCUUGGAGGGAGGGAGACCCGUUGGAUACUCUACAGGCAGGAGAGGUGGCUCUAGCCUUACAGUUCUGUACCAUCUAUCAUUCUUUAAGUCACUGCUGCACGAUGCUGGCUCAUAGUUAGUAUUCAAUAAAUAUUUGUUGAUUGAAUGAA